UGAGACUGUCAUUUUUCCCGCAGACGACGGUCGAAGUUUCGGUCGGGCGAAAUAUGCAGCAUUGAAGUUGCUUGGUGUUGUGGAAUUUUCCUCUCGCUAGUCAGAAUAGUUCCGGUCUCUGCUGACUAAGACAGGCUCUAAUACCUUACCUGGACUUCUGGAUCAUUGUCUGUUCAUCACCCAACCGUGGUAGUAGGAUGACUUGGCCACAACAAACUCACAAGCUCAAGUGAGGAGAACUACACAGAGCAGAGAGCCGUCCUGCUGUUUUCCUACCUGGAUCGAGGUUCUCUGGCGGCGUUUCUUUCGAUGUGGGAUACGCUCUCGCCCCGUUUGUCAGGCUGAAGUCCACUCGCUUGAGGUCCACCCUGAUGGCGGCCUUCCUUCUCGGGCUGCUCCUCCUCGUCGCCCAGUCACCUCCUGUGCCGUCCAGGCCCACGGACCGUGACGAUCAUGCGUCCCCCUCCUCCCAUGCCCCCCUGCAAGUCGCCAUUGAUGACCUGUCCCCCCUCAAUGACUCCUCGUUGCCAUCGGCACACCCCAACGGCACGCUCCAGCAGCUGCCCAACCUCGUCAUCAUCGGCGUGCGAAAGGGCGGCACGCGGGCGCUCAUCGAGAUGCUGAGCCUGCACAGCGCGGUGGCCGCCGCCCAGAACGAGGUGCACUUCUUCGACUGGGAGAGCCACUUCCAGCGGGGCCUGCCCUGGUACCUAACCCAGAUGCCCUUCUCCUUCCCGGGCCAGAUGACUGUGGAGAAGACCCCUGCCUACUUCACCUCCGCCAAGGUCCCCGAGCGCGUGUGGCGCGUGAUCCCCGACGUGAAGCUGCUGCUGAUCCUGCGCGACCCCACCGAGCGCGUGCUCUCGGACUACACCCAGGUCUACUACAACCGGCUGCAGAAGCACAAGCGACUGCAGCCCAUUGAGUCGGUACUCCUCAAGGACGGGGAGAUCAACCUGGGCUACCGGGCCCUCAACCGCAGCCUCUACUACCAGCACAUGGAGAACUGGCUGCGCUACUUCCCCCUGGAGCGCAUCCACGUGGUGGACGGGGACCAGCUGAUCAGGGACCCUCUGCCCGAGAUGAAGCAGGUGGAGCGCUUCCUGGAGCUGGAGCCGCAGAUCAACGCCUCCAACUUCUACUUCAACAAGACCAAGGGCUUCUACUGCCUGCGAGACCACGGCAGGGAGCGCUGUCUGCACGACUCCAAGGGCCGGGCACACCCGCACGUGGACCCCAGCAUCCUGCAGAAGCUCUUCCGCUACUUUCACGAACCCAACCGCAAGUUCUUUGAGCUGGUGGGCAGGACGUUCGACUGGAAUUGAGCACACGCAUCUGAGUUUGCCUAGAGAUUUAUUGCUCUCCUCUUGACAUUUCGCACACUGUAGGGGAGUGAACCCAAGAAAGAAAACACACACCUUCCUCAGUAUGUGUUUCUCUGGGAUGCGUUUUAAGAGGGUUCAACCAAAAUAACUGAUGUAGAAAAUAUUUUUUAUUUUUUAAAAAAUUUAUGUAGAAGAUACUGCUUGUAUCAAGUUGAUACUGACAGAUUGUCGCUGCACAUUCAUUGUGCUUCUGUGAUGCUAGUCUUACUGAUGUAUAUCAGCUGUAAGGUUUUGUGAUUCCACCAUUCAGUUUUGAAAUCCCACCAUACAAGCAGUCCUUGCAUCCGCAUGUGUGAAGACAGCCAGGGCUUCUAAAAACUAAAACAGACGACUGAUUAACCCAAAUACUUCCACAGAGUCAUCGACUACUUUUUGCCUCUCCUUAAAUAAUCUCCACUAAGUAAGUACGCUUAGUAGUUCCCCAUCUACAGUACACCGUACAUGUAAUUAAUAAGCUAAUUAUUGGUAUUUUUAUACUCUUUUGAACAUUAUCUUGCAUAGAAAGUGAGAACAUUGUGUUAUCAUGCUGUAACAUACUUUUCUGUUGCUCGUCCAUGUCCACUGACUGCACACUGACAGCACUCUGGUUCAAUGCUGUGAAGAAAAAAUAAUAAAAUAUAAUUUCUAUGUAAACAUGGGUUUGUUGAAAACCCUGGUGCCAUUAAGACUACAGUGUGUUUUGACCCAGAUAACGUGGGGGUAAUUGAUUUUGCGAGAGUCUGGGUGGGUCUGGAUAUGUUUGUGUUUGUCAGACAGGGAUGGUUUGGCACGUGCUGGCUCACAUGAAAUGGCCUGACUACUUUAUGGAUGAGGGUGAUGAAUGUUAUCAGGUUGUUUUUCUGUCUGAAUCUUGAUUUAUGCAUUUAAUUUACCAGUGCGAUGAAGUUUGUUCCUGUAUUAUUCCUCAAAGCCGGGCUGUCAGUUUGUAUGUCAAAGCUCUGAAAUAUUCAUUGCUGCUAUGUUUUCAGUAUUACUGUUUUCUAUGAUUAUUUAGGAUAUCUGUAUUCAGACUUUUUUUCUUUUCUUUCAGUGUGUACUGAUGCAGAAAAACUACUUUCAUGUGUCCACUACCCUGUCCUGUAAAUAUUAUUAUUGCUAUUAUUAUCUCUUUGAAGGGUUAUCUCAAUAAAAUAGUAUUUUUAUUA